UUUUCCAUGUUUUUGAGAGGUAGGGCAUACCUUCCACAUAAUUGCAUGCACUAUUUUAUCCAGUGUCAACAUUUUAUCACGUCCAUUGCACAUUUGAACCUUCGGAUUCGCGGUGAACGCGUUGCUGUUCAAUUGUUUGACCUCUCCCGUUUGACGAGCGGUGCGUUGAAAUUAGAUCGUGGGUUUCAACGGAAAUUUUAGCGCAUUGUGGAAGAUCGGGGCCCAGGUUCAAAUAAUACAAAUUUUGAAGAAUCAACCUAAGAAUUCAGGCUUACAAAUUCUCGGACAGGAGUUUAAUUGCAUGAGUUUACUUUUGAAUUGGAGAAAUUAUGCUGCUUACCUUUGAUCGUUAAUCACUUAAACUCUUUAAGGCGAUGGAAAACCUAAAUUAGUAUACUUAGCAAUACAUUCCUCGGGAGUCCGACAUUUUUUGAGUCACGCAAAUGUACGUUCCGUAAAACUCCCCAGGAGUAUGUUAUUGUUCUUGUCUGUCAUGGAAAGCAUCAGGAUCAGGCAAAGAAAGACCUCGAUGCAUUUCUUGGUGAGCACAGCAGUGCAUUUGUUACAUGGCUAUGGGAUCACAUUGCAUCCAACAUGCAAGACUAUGCACCAUCUUCAGGGUCAUCAGUACCAGUUGCCACACAUGACCAAGUGCAAAUUUGUUCUGAUGAUGGAGCAAAAACAAGCUCCAAGAAACUGGACAUGAGUAUUGAUCCAGAAACAGAGUCUAAAAAUGACAAUGGAGAACCGAUUUCAAUUGUGACACACAAUGAGGCGGACGAAAGGCCGAUUAAGAUGUUGGGAGCAAUUCGAAGAAGGAAGUGGAUUUCUGAUAAUAGUUCAUCAGCUGAAACAAAGGAACCAUCAAGACAGCAUAUUGAAUAUGAAGAAAGAAACGAUUCUAGUGGAGCUCAACAUUCCAAUUCUAAAGGUAAAUCAGGAUCAAAGAGACAGCGGUCUCCAGAGCCCUGGACACGCAGAGGACAUUUCCGACAUGAUAAAAUACAUGCAGACAAGAAAACAGACCCACCCACAGGACUACAUGCAACCCGUCGACUUCUUCAAUCUGCUGUACGUGAAGCUGUUGGCCCUAUUGGGCCAAUCAAUUCAAAACCUAUUGUUCCACCCAAUUCUAAACGGUUAGAAAUAGAAUCAUCGAAAAAACGUCUGCGAUCUGUUGUUUCUACAAAUGUUGAGAAUUCAGAUUCAUUAUCAGAUGUUGUCGAGGCCUCAAAUAGGCCAAGGGCACUUGCGAAAUCUUUACCAGCUAUGGCCAUUGCUUUGAAAGCAGCAGCUGCAGCGGCAGAGGAUGUAGCGAAGUUCAAAUCAACAGGAAGUGUCUUUGAGAGGCUGGGGAAAAGGUUUGAUAGCAAUCUAAAUGAAUUACAUGAAACUGUCAAGGAACAAAUGCUAGAUAAUGAAGGAAAUGAUGAGGAAAAUGCAACGACAGCAGUUUACCAAGGACACAAACAUCAACAUAGAGCUGAAAUUCAUAAAAAAUUAAAUAGGGGAUUAGUAGAUGAUGUAGAAUUGACGGAUAGAGAGAGUAUUAUGCCUUCAGAUACCAUCAGGGAGGGUUAUGAUGAGGCACAGGAAGAUGCAAGGCAUAUGCGACAUUAUGGAGGUGCCUCAAAAAGAAGAAAACAAUUUGAAAACAUUGAGAGCAGUGGAGUCUCAAGGAUUUCAAAAUCUAAGGAUAGACACUCUAUACAAGCACAAAAAGAAGAUAAACGUUCAGAGGAAUCAGUGACUGUGCAGUAUAGGGUUGCACAAAAUUCUCAGGAAGUGACAAGGGAAAGUAGGGUUCAGAAGACUUCAGCCAAAACUCCAAGUGCUUCUAGGGAAAUUGUCAACAUAUCUGUGAAUGUUAAUACCUGGAAACCACCCCAUUUCCAGCCAGCUAGUGAUUCAGUUGCAACAAAAUCAAAAACAUCUAAUAUGGAUUGUAAUUUACUGCAAGACCACACUGAAAUGCACGUUGAUGGAAAUUUUCCUGAUGUCAUUGACAUGGGUCUUAGAGGUGAAGCUGGGAAGGUUAUCCCUGCUGCUGAUCCAAAUAGUGCAUCAAAUGCAGAUAAUUGCAGUGAUAUUAGGAAUGACACUUCAGCAUCUGGAGUUUGCUCUCCUGUCGGAACUCCUGAUGAUUCUGAUUCAAGGACUGUUUUUGUUUCUAAUGUUCAUUUUGCAGCAACAAAAGAGGCAUUAUCCAAACAUUUCAGCCGUUUUGGUGAAGUUGUCAAAGUUACUAUACAAACAGAUGCUGGAAACAGCCAACCAAAAGGGUCAGCCUAUAUUGAAUUCGCUAGCAAAGAAAUGGCUGAAAUGGCUUUGGCAUUGGACGAGACAUCAUUCAUGUCCCGAAUGCUGAAGGUAAUGCUAAAAACUGCGUCAAAUGCUGAACAUGCUAUCCUGUCUCGUCCUCCUGUACGUCGUCCUCUUCCAUAUUUUGCCAUGUAUUCGGCAAGAUCUAUAUAUGCAAGGGGCUUUCAAAGUGCAUACAGAAGAGGAGGCUACAUGUCGAGGCCUUUUGGUUCUCGCAGUCUUCAGUGGAGGCGAGAUAAAGCAAGUGGUGCUUCUCAAAAGUCAACUGUCUCAGCUAUUGACUCUCAAGCAGCAACAAGCUCUGUGCCUUCUAGUGAUGUCAAUCCUGCUGGUCCAACCUCUUCACAAUCGCCAAGGCCUCUUACUUACAUACGCGAUGUUUCAAAAUCAUUGAAUGAAAAUGCUAGCCAGUCUCAGGAGUAAUGCUCUAUUUGAAAUUGAGUGCGGUGUACUAGUCCAUGAAGAGAUGCUUGAGAUAACUGAUUUUUUCAGUGCAGGACAGUACAGGAAACUACCGCAAGAUUUUUAUUUUUACUUGAGAACUCAGAAUGCUAAUUUCAUUUUCAUGACCGGGAAAUGAAAAGAAUGUGUUGCAGAGUAAUCUCAUGUUUGAGUGGCUUCUGUAAAUAAGGAUCCGAAGCAGUAAAUUUUGAAGAGUGCCAUUGCUAUCCUGGCAAUUCCAGAUGAGCUGCUUUUGUAAGAACUUGGUGUAUGUUAUGAGAAACAUUUCAAAGUUAUCUUUCUGCA